UGAGUUAAUGGCUCCUCCUGCUACAGACGGAGACGGAGCUGGCACCGAGCGGCGAUACGAGGGGGGGAGCAGCAGGAAGACGGCGGAGAAAAACGGCCAAUUACACCCAAAAUACCAGCGGGUUGUCUGUCGCAGUCGUCUCGGUGUAACCGGAGAGAGGCUGCCCGGGCGCUAGGGUUAAAUUUAGACGCGGCUCGUCUCGAGGAGGACAGCUCUGUGUUUUUGAACCAGCGACCAACUCCCCAGAUGAACUCCGUCAAAGCCACCAACCGGAGACCUAGGCGAGUGUCGAGGCCGCGCCCGGUGCAGCCCGAGCGGAACAACGGGGACAGAGAUGAGGAGGCUCCCGCCGCAGCAGCAGAGAUGGCGAUCGAGGAGUCCGGUCCAGGAGCCCAGAACAGUCCCUACCAGCUCAGACGCAAGACGCUGCUCCCCAAGAGGAGCGCCGCAGCCUCCGCCGCGACCUCCGCCUGCCCCAGCAAGGGCCUGAUGGAGGGGGCGUCCACGUCUUCCACAGAGGCCUUCGGCCAUCGGGCCAAGCGGGCGCGCGUGUCCGGUAAGAGCCACGACUUGCCAGCAGCACCAGCAGAACAAUAUCUGCAGCAGAAGCUCCCCGACGAGGUGGUCCUGAAGAUCUUCUCGUACUUGCUGGAGCAGGACCUGUGCCGGGCGGCGUGCGUGUGCAAGCGCUUCAGCCAGCUCGCCAACGACCCCAUACUAUGGAAGCGUCUGUACAUGGAGGUGUUUGAGUACACGCGUCCCAUGAUGCACCCCGAGCCGGGACGCUUCUACCAGGUCGGCCCCGAGGAGCACGAACACCCCAACCCCUGGAAGGAGAGCUUUCAGCAGCUGUACAAAGGCGCCCACGUGAAGCCGGGCUUCGCCGAGCACUUCUACAGCAACCCGGGCAGGUACAAGGGCAGGGAGAACAUGCUGUACUACGACACCAUCGAAGACGCACUGGGCGGCGUGCAGGAGGCCCACUUCGAGGGCCUCAUCUUUGUCCACUCCGGCAUCUACACGGACGAGUGGAUCUACAUCGAGUCUCCCAUUACUAUGAUCGGCGCAGCGCCUGGCAAAGUGGCGGACAAGGUCGUGAUCGAGAACACCAGAGAUUCUACGUUUGUUUUCAUGGAGGGCUCAGAAGACGCUUACGUCGGCUACAUGACCAUUAAGUUUAACCCCGACGACAAGUCGGCGCAGCACCACAACGCGCACCACUGUCUCGAGAUCACCGUCAACUGCAGUCCCAACAUCGACCACUGCAUCAUACGCUCCACGUGCACAGUGGGUUCCGCCGUGUGCGUGAGCGGCCAGGGAGCGUGCCCGACCAUCAAGCACUGCAACAUCAGCGACUGCGAGAACGUGGGCCUGUACAUCACUGAUCACGCGCAGGGCAUUUACGAGGACAACGAAAUCAGCAACAACGCGCUGGCGGGCAUUUGGGUGAAGAACCACGGGAACCCCAUCAUCAGACGCAACCACAUCCACCACGGAAGGGAUGUGGGCGUGUUCACGUUCGAUCACGGCAUGGGUUACUUUGAGAACUGCAACAUCCACCGGAACCGCAUCGCCGGCUUCGAGGUGAAGGCGUACGCUAACCCCACGGUGGUGCGCUGCGAGAUCCACCACGGCCAGACGGGCGGCAUCUACGUUCACGAGAAGGGGCGGGGACAGUUUAUCGAGAACAAGAUCUACGCCAACAACUUCGCUGGCGUGUGGAUCACGUCCAACAGCGACCCCACGAUACGAGGCAAUGCAAUCUUCAACGGCAACCAGGGCGGCGUGUACAUAUUCGGCGACGGGCGGGGUUUAAUAGAGAGCAACGACAUCUACGGUAACGCCCUGGCAGGAAUCCAGAUCCGGACCAACAGUUGCCCCAUCGUGCGCCACAACAAGAUCCACGACGGCCAGCACGGCGGCAUCUACGUGCACGAAAAGGGCCAAGGGGUGAUCGAGGAGAACGAAGUGUACAGCAACACGCUGGCCGGCGUCUGGGUGACCACGGGGAGCACCCCCGUCCUGCGCAAGAACCGCAUCCACAGCGGAAAACAGGUGGGCGUGUACUUCUACGACAACGGCCACGGCGUGCUGGAGGACAACGACAUCUACAAUCACAUGUACUCCGGCGUGCAAAUAAGGACGGGCAGCAACCCAAAGAUCCGGCGCAACAAGAUAUGGGGCGGACAAAAUGGCGGCAUUUUGGUCUACAACUCAGGUUUGGGCUUCAUCGAGGACAACGAGAUCUUCGACAACGCCAUGGCGGGCGUGUGGAUCAAGACGGACAGCAACCCCACGCUGAGGCGCAACAAGAUCCACGACGGGCGAGACGGAGGCAUUUGUAUAUUCAACGGAGGCAGAGGCCUGCUGGAGGAGAAUGACAUCUUCCGCAACGCUCAGGCGGGCGUGCUGAUCAGCACCAACAGUCACCCCAUCUUACGCAAGAACCGCAUCUUUGACGGCUUCGCUGCAGGUAUCGAAAUCACCAACCACGCCACCGCCACCCUGGAGGGAAACCAGAUCUUCAACAACCGCUUCGGCGGCCUUUUUCUGGCGUCGGGCGUCAACGUCACCAUGAAAGACAACAAGAUCAACAACAACCAGGACGCCAUCGAGAAAGCGGUGAGUCGAGGACAGUGCCUCUACAAGAUCUCCAGCUACACCAGCUACCCCAUGCACGACUUCUACAGGUGUCACACUUGCAACACGACGGACAGGAACGCCAUCUGCGUCAACUGCAUCAAGAAAUGCCACCAAGGACACGACGUGGAGUUUAUACGGCACGAUCGGUUUUUCUGCGACUGCGGCGCGGGCACGUUGUCCAACCCGUGCACGUUGGCGGGCGAGCCCACCCACGACACGGACACUCUGUACGACUCGGCGCCGCCUAUCGAGUCCAACACGCUGCAGCAUAACUGAACAACAAGGUGGACUGGACCGGGCCGGCACGAUAUCUCGCACACAUCAACGCGUCGCACACAUACACGCAGAAGCCCCUCCCCCAACCCCAUAAAGACGCUGAGACGUGCGGCGCAGAAGGCGAGGAAGUGCAAGCGAAGCUCCACUAGGGGGAGGCAGAGGAAAGACUUAACGCAAGCGAUUCCUCGUACGUGUUUUUGUGUGCGUGUGGAGCACUUCUGCUUUUUUUUUUUUUUUUUUUUUAAGAAAAGAGAAAAAGGAAAAAAAAGACAUUCUGAUCAAUGGAUUUUAUUUCAAUGCUUUAUCAUGUAGUUUUGUAUUUCCAAGCAAAAAGCUGACUGUAUUUGAAUGUCUUUUAUUUUAUUAUAUAAUUAUUAUUUCUUUGGUUAGCGUCUUGUCCCGUCCCCCGUCCCAUUCCCGUCUAAGCGGCCGCAGACGCUCCCUGGUGAGCCAGUGCUCAAGUUCUUUCUGUGAAAGAGAAUCUGGUUUAAACACUACACAACCCUCUCUGUGUUUUGGCUUGAUUGACAGGUGGGGCCACUCCACCCACUCUUGUACAAAAGUGUGUAAUGCGUGUGUAUACAGUUUGAUGCAGUCAGUGUUUUGUGGAGAGGUUUCCAGUAGGAUGUGUCGGAGCUCUUUUUUUUUUUUUUUUUUUAAACUGGACCCCAACAGUGGCUCUGCAGCCCCACCCACACCACCCCUCCUCCUUUGAAUUCGCACCCCCAGUGUAUCGUGGUGUGGCUCCUCAUGCAGCCUGAAUCGUAUGCAUGUACCAUAACAUCUAGACUUAAUAUAUUGUGAAGUAUUCAAUAACCAUUAUGUAGAUGCUAGUUGAAAUAAAAAAAAAAGGGGUAUACUUUUUUUUUUUUCCUUUGGAAGACAAAAAAAAAGAAACAGGAAACUUGCCAUUUCUAAGAAAAUAAAACUUUAUUAGGUCAAA